CACCUUCAACACAGUCCUCAUCCUCCCCCGGGACACUGAGUGAAGCCAUCACGAACCAUCGCUGGAGGAUCUGGGACAGAGCCCAUUCUUCUUCGCUAUGGUGCACCAUCAGGAUACCAUGUUCCGCUCGGCGGACAUGAGCAUGGUCCAGCUCUACAUCGCCAACGAAAUCGGUCGGGAGAUUGUGAAUGCAUUAGGAGAGCUGGGACAGAUCCAAUUCCGAGAUCUCAACUCCGAUGUUACUGCUUUCCAGCGAACCUUUACGCAGGAGAUAAGAAGACUCGACAAUGUUGAACGACAGCUACGAUACUUUUACUCGCAGAUGGAAAAGGCUGGAAUUCCUCUCCGCAAGAUAGAUCUUGAUGUGGACACCUUAGCUGCCCCUUCCGCCUCCGAAAUCGACGAGCUUGCCGACCGAAGCCAGGCCCUCGAACAGCGUGUGGCAUCUUUGAACGAUUCCUACGAGACCUUGAAGAAGCGUGAAGUUGAAUUGAUUGAAUGGCGAUGUGUGCUGAGGGAGGCCGGAGGAUUCUUCGAUCGAGCCCAUGGCAAUGUUGAGGAAAUCCGAGCCUCCACCGAUAACGAUGAUGCGCCUCUGCUGCAAGAUGUCGAACAACAUGGCCAGGGCCAGAAUGGAGAUGCGGAACGAUCCUUCUCGGUCAUGAAUAUUGGCUUUGUUGCAGGUGUUAUCCCACGGGAACGAGUUGCUGCCUUCGAGCGUAUCUUGUGGCGGACAUUGCGAGGAAAUCUAUACAUGAACCAGUCGGAGAUUCCAGAGCCUUUGAUCGACCCAACGAACAAUGAGGAGGUCAACAAGAAUGUUUUCGUCAUUUUUGCACACGGAAAGGAGAUCAUUGCGAAGAUCCGAAAGAUUUCCGAGUCACUUGGCGCUGAUCUUUACAGCGUGGACGAGAACAGUGACCUUCGCCGGGACCAAAUCCACGAAGUUAAUACUCGCCUUGGAGAUCUUGGCAACGUUCUCCGCAACACCAAGACCACUUUGGAUGCAGAGCUCACUCAAAUCGCCCAGAGCUUGGCUGCGUGGAUGAUAAUCAUCAAGAAGGAGAAGGCUGUUUACCAGACCCUCAACCUCUUCUCCUACGAUCAUGCCAGAAAGACUCUGAUUGCUGAGGCGUGGUGCCCAACGAACUCCCUACCUGUGAUCAAGUCGACCCUUCACGAUGUCAACAAUCGGGCCGGUCUCUCUGUCCCGUCGAUCAUCAAUGAAAUUAGAACGAACAAGACUCCGCCGACAUAUCAGAAGACUAAUAGAUUUACUGAGGGUUUCCAAACUAUCAUCAACGCUUACGGUACUGCGAAAUACCAGGAGGUCAACCCCGGUCUCCCAACUAUUGUUACCUUCCCAUUUCUCUUCGCUGUCAUGUUUGGUGAUUUCGGACACGGCUUCCUCAUGGUCUGCGCCGCUGCUGCUAUGAUAUACUGGGAGAAGAAGCUCAAGAAGGUCCGCGAUGAACUUUUCUCAAUGGCAUUCUACGGCCGCUAUAUCAUGUUGAUGAUGGGCAUCUUCUCCAUGUACACUGGACUCAUCUACAACGACGUCUUCUCAAAAUCGCUGUCCAUUUUCCCCAGCGCCUGGGAGUGGACAGUGCCACCCGGAUGGGAACAAGGUCAGACAGUCGAAGCACACCGCAAAGGUAGCUAUCGCUACCCAUUUGGUCUCGACUGGAUGUGGCACGGCACUGAAAACGACUUACUCUUCUCUAACAGUUAUAAGAUGAAGCUCAGUAUUCUGAUGGGUUGGUGCCACAUGACAUAUUCCCUCUGUCUCUCCUACAUCAACGCACGGCACUUCAAGACGCCGAUUGAUAUCUGGGGAGUAUUUGUCCCAGGUAUGAUCUUCUUCCAGGCAAUCUUCGGCUACCUCGUCUUCACGAUCGUAUAUAAAUGGUCCAUCGAUUGGAUUGCGAUUGGCGAGCCCGCCCCAGGGCUCUUGAACAUGUUGAUUUACAUGUUUUUGUCUCCCGGCAAGAUUGAGGAGAAACUGUACACUGGCCAGGGCCCCAUCCAGGUGUUCCUUGUCCUGAUCGCCGUCAUCCAAGUCCCAAUAUUGCUUUUCUUGAAGCCAUUUUACCUGAGAUGGGAGCAUAACCGAGCGCGUGCAAAGGGCUAUAGAGGUAUCGGCGAAACCUCUCGAGUCAGCGCGCUCGAUGGCGACGACGAUGAUUCCAACACUUUGGAUGGCAGGCACAGCCUUGCCAGCGAAGGCGAAGGCGUCGCCAUGAUCACGCAAGACAUUGGGGAUGAGGAGCACGAGGAGUUUGAGUUCGGUGAAGUUAUGAUCCAUCAAGUCAUCCACACCAUCGAAUUUUGCUUGAACUGUGUUUCUCACACCGCUUCUUACCUGCGUCUCUGGGCCCUAUCCCUCGCCCAUCAACAACUUUCCGUCGUGCUUUGGACCAUGACAUUGGCCAUCGGGUUGGGCUCCACUGGCCCAAUUGGUGUCGUUUUACUCGUCGUUACAUUCGGGGCAUGGUUUUUCCUGACCAUUGCAGUGUUGGUGGUUAUGGAGGGUACGAGUGCCAUGUUACACAGCUUGCGUCUGCACUGGGUGGAGGCUAUGAGUAAGCAUUUCAUGGGAGAUGGCAUCCCUUUCGAGCCAUUUUCUUUCAAGCAGAUGUUGGAGGACGACGAAAGCGCGGCCGAGAUAAGCUAAGGACAAGCUUUCUGAUGGACCCCUGAUUUUUCGUUCGGUUCCGUAGAUGAUCCACCUGUAGAAUUACUGUAUUGAAGCUGAACGAGUCAGUUUGACGUAGCCCACUUAUACCUUCCC